CGUUGCUGCACCGAGCGAGCUAUCGGGAGUCUCGAAACUAUAACAGCAAUAAUCAUACAAGAAUAGAUAGUACAUACAUACAUACCCGGACUGUGUGUACUGUAGCGCUGCGUACGGCGGAAGUGGCACCGUCAUUUAUCGGUACCUGGAUUCACCAAUUUGCGAUCACGCACCCCCUGCGAGCCCAACUGCCUCGCAAAUCAAUUUUUCUUUUCCUUUUGGAAACAGAUAGAUACUCUUGCGAAAGAAAAGAUGGACCAUAACAAUCGGAUAACCAUCACUGUGUGUGGUGAUGGUGGAUGCGGUAAAUCAUCCAUCACGUUGCGCCUGGUUAGAAGUCAAUGGACACAUGAAUAUGAUCCUACGAUAGAGGAUUCGUACUCCGUGACCCGCACGAUAGAUGGCACGCCAUACUUUCUAAUGCUCACCGACACCGCCGGACAGGAGGAAUACCGCGGACUCUGGGCAGCCUCGAACCUCAAAUCCGAUGCCUUCCUCCUCGUCUAUGACAUCACGAACCCAUCCUCCCUCGAUGCGCUCGAAUACUUUAUGGAGAUGAUUGAGAUGGAAUCGGACAACCGCAUAGACAGCGGCGAGGUGCCGCCGGUGACGAUAGUCGCGGGAAACAAGUGCGAUCUUCAGGCAGCGAGGCAGAUUAAGAGCCCACAGGGACUGGAGUGGGCGCGGAAGAGGCAAUGCGGGUUCAUGGAGACUAGCGCUAGGGACAUGGUUAACAUCGAAGAGACGUUUGCGCUACUCGUCAGGCGCGUUGUAGAGGCCAGGCGACUGGCAUCGGGCGAUACUGCAGCCGCCGCCCCUCCCUCGCGAACUGUUGGCUUUGCUCCCAAUAACGAGAAGGGCAAUUCGAUACUAGAUGCAUCUACCGACGAGAAACGAGGGGGCGAAGGGUCGGAACAUGGCUUCUGGAGCAAGCUCAAGUGCUGGUGAUCAAAGAACCCUGGAGUCGAUCACGAAGAGCGAAAGUAACCGCCAUUUUGGGACGUGUAUGAUCACGCUUUAAAGAGAGAGGAAGAGGGAGGGAGAGAAAGAGAGGUACAGGCCAUGAUAGCUUCCCUCAAAAGUGCUCCAAGUACAGUGCGCGCUCGUGGGGUUCCCGGGGUUUGUUUACUUUUCCCUGUUGGUUCAUUGUCCAUUUUCUAUUGUUUAUUGUACGGAGUGUUUGGUGUCCCUUGUUACGCAUUUCUGGCAUCUUCUGUAUUAUUACAUAUCUAUUGGAGCGUUUCGGCGCCGGAGGGGCGCUGCGGGGGGAGGGAG